GUAUCUCAUGACAUCACUAACCGGAACUUCCAACACAGUAGACUGGGAUGUACGCGGUGGUCAGGCGCUGAUUGUCCCUUUUUGGUAUUUUCUUUAUUAUCGAAGUGAAAAAUAUCUUACAUGAUGCGGUAAAAUAUUUUUAUAUAUAGUAUUGAAUGAUAUUUUUUGUUUUUAACUCCUAUUUUUGUCAUAGAAUGCAACGAUAUUCCUUUUGUUUGCUGGCUAGCUAACGUGCGAGUUAGCAUCGGAGGUUGUUUUGAUCCUUCGUAGGACAGACGCUGUUUCGAGCUCGGUUCUAAUGCUAGAACAAUACAAUAGAUGUUUUCCUUAGUAUAUCUCGUUGUAUAUUUAACUUGCGUUAGCACAGUAAACAGAACGUUUUUGCACAAACAUUUAAAGGAAUUUUCUAGCUAACCGGUUAGCCAACGACAACGUCAGAUCUUCUUGCUUUCGCCGAUUCUGUCGGGACUCUCUGGUUUGUCCCUUUUUCCCGAGCUGUAAACGUCUGGUGAGCUUUAAAAAGCUCUCCCUGAACCGGGUCCAAUGCGUGGGAUGAUGGGAACUCAGAGCAGCCCUGUCAAGAGUUAUGAUUAUCUCCUGAAGUUCCUUCUGGUGGGAGACAGCGAUGUUGGGAAGGGUGAAAUCUUGGACAGUUUGCAGGACGGAUCAGUGGAGUCCCCCUACGCCUACAGCAGUGGGAUCGAUUAUAAGACCACAACUAUUCUUCUGGAUGGUAGAAGAGUAAAAUUAGAGUUAUGGGACACCUCAGGACAGGGAAGAUUUUGCACUAUCUUCAGGUCUUAUUCACGUGGAGCACAGGGCAUCCUCCUCGUCUAUGACAUCACUAACGGUUGGUCUUUUGAUGGGAUUGAUCGAUGGAUCCGGGAAAUUGAUGAGCAUGCUCCAGGCGUGCCCAGGAUCCUCGUGGGAAACCGCCUCCACCUGGCCUUCAAGCGGCAGGUGCCGACGGAGCAGGCGAGGGCCUACGCCGAAAAAAACAGCAUGACUUUCUUUGAGGUCAGCCCUCUCUGCAACUUCAACGUAAUCGAAUCUUUUACGGAGCUGUCGCGCAUCGUGCUGAUGCGGCAUGGGAUGGAGAAGUUCUGGAGGCCUAACAGAGUCUUCAGCCUCCAGGACCUGUGUUGCCGCUCCAUCGUCUCCUGCACGCCGGUGCACCUCAUCGAUAAGCUGCCCCUGCCCGUGGCCAUCAAGUCCCACCUGAAGUCUUUCUCCAUGGCCAACGGCAUGAACGCCGUCAUGAUGCACGGACGCUCGUACUCGGUGGCCAACAGCACGGCGUCCGGCGGCGGCGGCGGCAGCAAAGCCAACAGCCUCCGGCGCUCCAAGUCCUUCAGGCCCCCGCAGAGUCCUCCCAAGUACUCCUCCUCCUCCUCCUCCUCCUCCUCCAAGGGGAACUGUAAGAUAUCGUAGCCUGCCGGCGGCCCUCCGCUUGCCUCCGUUGGGCCGGUGCUGAAGGUGCUGCGGCGCCCGGAGAUGGCGUGGCCAGAGGACGGGACGGGCAGCCGCCGGCGGUCUUCCUCUCAGACCAACACGGCUGUGAACUCUCUCGGAUAUUCGGGAAUCUGCCCGGGACCGUCGGCUUGGUUUCUGUCGUCUUCGCACUUGCUGGUGCCAUCUUGUGGAUGUUUCGUCUCCUCGUACUCUUCACCGCAGAGCCCGGCUGUGUCCGGCAGAGCGCGGGUCCCCCGGGACCAACCGGCGGGAAUCCAGGACCCUCACUCACCUGUAAACACUACAGAGGACUCUUUUUGAUUGGGGAAAGGGAUUGUUUAUCGGUAUUUAACAGUGGACUUGAAGUUGUAAAUAUACUGUGUUUGUGUUUUGGUUUGGGUUUGGUGGUAGUAGUGGGGAGUUUUCGUAUGCCUGUUUUCGUCCGAAUGUUUUGGGAGACGUGCUUUGUCGUCGUGUGUCUCACUGCGUUUUUUAACAGUAGAAAUUCCCUCGGCAAACUCGGAGGUGCUUUGCUAUUUGUUCAAAAGUCAGAUGUGAUUAAAAUGGCCUUAUUUGAGUUUGAUGAAUUAAGCAUUUUUUCCCCCCCGGACAGACCAGAACUAAUGGGAAAUCUAUGAGAAAAUCCCGAAAACACAUUCCAAUUUGUUAUAAAGAUUAGCUGCUUCAAAAGGUCCCCGACAUGAUUUAUUUGAAUCUCAUGGCGCCUGAACAGUCGCCCGAUGCUGAUUAGAAAACAGAGUUAACACUCAUGUACAGAUUGUUUGAUCAUUUUCAGCAUAUUUUGCCUUCUGAUUGGUUCCCGUGGGUCCUGUCAUGGAGUCAUAAACUCAUAGGAAGUUGAUGGGAGAUUUUUACAAAUGUUUUUCAACUUUUAAACUUUCUGGGCUUGCUAUGUAUUUAUGAAUGUAAAAUUCUGCUCAGCCGUGUGCUCGGAGCUGUAACCUUCAGGGGCUUAGCGACGGGGGGGGGGGGCAUCGCUGCCUGUUUGAGAAUUUGUUCUGCUGCUCUGUGUAUUUUCCGGCCUUCUUAACAAUUGUGUGUAGAGUAGGGGGGGUCACGGCGGACGUGAACCGUGGAAGAUGUCUAUUGGAUGCAGUGUUUUUAGUCCAAACUAUAUUUUAACACCUUCAUUACAAUAUAUAUCCUCAUUUUCUUCCUCAGCUGAAGCUAUAUUGUCAUUUCAGCAUAGCUCUGUGCGAUGGGUCUGUAUGUGUGUGUUUGCGUGUGUGUGUGUGUG